AUGGGCAAAGGUCUACGAUCAAGCGUCAACAAGACCAACAACAGAAAGCUUAAGAAAAAUGUCUUUGGCCCCGUCGAGGCCGCCCGCACCGAGCGUCUGUCGCAAAAGCUGCAAGAAUUAGCCUCGCAGCCAAAGCCCCCAAAGUCAGACAUGGAAGUCGAGGAAUCAGGUGACUCGAAGCAGGCCGAGUCCGAGGCCAAGGCCACCAACGCAAAUGGUGUGUUAAAUGCUCUUGCAAUCCCGAUUCCAAAGUCGCUCGCCCAUCAAUGUCCCGCUACUGCUGCUGCCUCGAUGAACAUGCUCACUCCUCCACCCACCCCUCCGCUCGACAUUUCCGACUUCAGCAACCGCUCUGUCAGAUCUGUGCAUGGACGUUAUGCCGAUGAACAGCUCUUCUUCCACCUCCUAGGUGUUUCGACCGACAUCCACGGCUUCGACCCGUUCGGCAACAUCUGUUUAGGGUUCGGAUCCGAUUCUGAGAGUGACAACGAGAGCAGCAGCAACACCGCAAUGGACCUCGACUUGACCAACGCCNCCAGAUCAAGCUGGAUCAAGGCCGAGAAGAGAGCCAAGGAAGAAAAGCGCAACCGCAUCGCAAAGAAGCAAAAGCGCAAGGUCAUCAACCAAAUGACCUUCAAGAAGAACCCUCGUACCGGAAAGAAGUGA